AUGUCUCGAAGAACAGAGGAUGAUGAGGAGAUUAAUGAAUACCAUUCAGAAGAACGAAAACAAUUUCAAGAACAACUUCAAGAGCUUGAAAAAGAAAUGAAUGCUUACAAACAGCAAAGAGAUCGUGCUAAUGAAGAAAUUCGUAAAGCUCAAAUAGAGAUUGAAAAAUUAGAAGAACAAGAGAAAAAUUGUACGAAACGUCUUCAAGAAUUAGAUGAACAAAUCCAACAUCUCAAUGAAGAAAUUGCUCGACUUGAAGCUCAACUCAAUGAGUUACAUCAACAAGAAGACGUUCUCGGAAAACAAAUCGAAGAACUUCAAGACCUUCAAGAGAAGAUUCGUGAAUAUAAAGAACAAUUAGAAAAUCUUGCUGAAGAACAAGAGAAAUUACAAAGAGCUAAACAAGAACUUGAAGCACGAAUAAAUGAGCUCAAUCGUCAAAUUCAACAUUUAGAACAAGAAAUCAAAGAAACACAAGCAAAAAUUCAACAAUUACAACACGAAAUCGAUCGACUUCAACAAGAAAUUGAACGAACUGAAGAAGACUUACAGAAAACCCUUCGCCAUAUUCAAAGAGUUGAACAAGAAAUUCGUCAAACACGAGAGAAAUUCUCUCAACUUGAACGGCAGCAAGAAACACUUAAAAUCGAAAUUGAUCGAAUUGAAGAUUUAAUCAUACGCAUUGAAAAUGUCAUUGAAAUGAAACGAAACCAAAAGGAAGAAUUCGAAGCACUUAAACAACAACUUCAAACUGAAAUUAAUGAGCUUAAACAGCGCCACGCACAAAUCCAAGCGAAAGUUCAACAUUUACAACAAGAAGUCCAAACAGAAAAAGCGUCGCUUCAAUCAUUAAUCGACCAAGCCGCACAAAUGAAAACCGAAAUGGCUGCUCUGCAAAAAGAACAACAUGCACUCACCUUGGCUGCUCAACUACUCAAACAAAACUUGGAAGCCAAACAACAUCAUUUAACCCAAUCGAAACAACAGGAAGCAAGUCUUGAUCAAAAUUUGAAAGAAAAAGAACAAGUGAUAAACCAACUUGAACAGGACAAAACGAAGAUGGAGGAGAAAUUAAAACAAGAUACCAAUGAAUUAAAUCGAACUCAACAAGAAUUGCAAAAAAGUGAGGUUGAACAAAAUCAAUGUCGAGCAACAUUAAAUCAAGAAAAGAAUAAUUUACAAUCCCGACAAGCAACUCUAGCUAAUGAACAGAAAAAACAAACCCAAGCGGAAAAUAAUCUUCGACAACAAGAACAAACCACAAAGAAAGCGGAGCAACAAGUGCAAGAUUGUGAAAAAGCGGCACAAGAUGCGGAAAAGGCUGUUAAUCAAGCACAGCAAACGGUAGAAGAAACUCAAAGGGAUCUACAACAGGCGGAAGAACAAUUACAAAUCGCAGAAAUCGCACUGGACACACUUCUUGCAUUUAUGUCAGCCAAUCCAUUAGUUAAAGUCGUUGGCUUAGCAGCAGCGAAAGGUCUAGUAAGUUUAUGGAAGGGUAAACUAAAUACAAAAAGAAGUCAACUUCAACAAAAUCAACAAUAUCAUCAAAAGAAAGUUCAAGAACAUACCAAUGCUAAACAAAAACUAGCUCAAGCACGACAAACACUUGAACAAGAAAAAUCCAAUCUUACAAAACGACAGCAAGAACUCACGCAACAAAAACAACAAGUCCAAACUGCUUCAACUAGACUUAAUGAACAGAAAAAUCUUGUUAUCAAUCUCACCAGUAAAUAUAAUCAAGUUCAAAAUCAAACACAAAAAUUGAAAACUCAACUUAAUAAUCAAUCCAAACAAGUCCAACAACAGCAGGCGAAUAUCAGUACUCAAAAUACUCGCUUAACUACUCUAAAGAAUCAAUUAAAUCAAGUUCGAAAUCAAAAAGGUCAAGUCGUUCAACGAUCUGCUGAACUCUUCAAUGAAGUCGGACAACUAAAUCAACAAUAUCAAGUACAAACACAAAAUCUAAAUAACCAUAAUCAAAAACUUCAAGCCAAUCAACAGAAACAAAAUACCUUGACAUCACAAAUCGAACAAAAACAAAAAACAAUUCAAAAUCUUGAACAACAAACUGCAGCCAAAGCGAAUGAAGAAGCGACAUUACGAGGUAAAAUAACCAAUGCGGAAGAAAAUAUUCGAAUUUUAAAUAAAUCUGUGUCCGAACUUGAAAAUGAUAAACGUAUUCAACAAAAAUUAUUGAAAGAUACUCAACAACAAAUGAGUAGAUUAGAAAAUGAAUCCAGUCGACUUGAUAAUGAUAUUAAAAAACUGAUUCAAGAUUCUGAAAGACUUGAAAAUGAUCAGGAACGAUUAGAAAGAGAAUUAAAAAACCAUCAAAAACAAAUUCUAGACAGAAAUAAACAACAACAAAAUCUCAAAUUCGAAUUACAACAAAAACAAGACAAUCUAUCUCAUCUAAAGCAUGAAAAAAACAAUAUGGAGCAACAAAAGGAUCAAUUAACCGCUGCUCUUGAAAGAAAUAAAUUCGAACAAAGAAAUAUCAUAAGAAAAGUCACUGAAUUGGAUCAAGAAGUGACCAACCGUGAACGAGCUAGACAAAUUACCGAACAAAAAGUGAAUGAUACUCGUAAUGAAUUAAGAAAUAUCAUCCGAGAACUUGAUCGAUUAAACAAACGUGAAACUGAUCUUAAAAACCAAUCGAAUACUCUUCGGGAUAAGCAAGAUACUCUAACACGAGAACAUGAUUCCAUCGAUGACAAGAAAAGUAAUAUUGAUCGAAAUUUAUCCCUUGCUAGAAAUAAACAAAGAGAUAAUGAAAAGGAAGUUACAAGUUUCAGUGGAAAAAUGGCGAGCAAAGAGAAUUUAGUGCGAACACUUCGAAGAGCAGUCGUUAUAAAUAAAAAUCCCACUGCUGAUACAAAUAACGAUGGCGGAAUGAUCGAUUUCGAUGAUGACAAUAUCGAAAAUAUUCGUGAUGAAUAUGCGCUGAUGACAGACGAAGAAAAACCUACUAAUGCUUUGUUGAAACAACUGGCGCAAAAAUUAAAGAUUAACGACGAUGAAAAGAAUCUCGAACUUCUUCGUUUAUGUAUUGUUGAAGAAACUAUAGAAGGUGCAAAGGCUGAAAUUCGUCAACGCUAUUAUCAGGAAGAAGAUAGGCACGCAUCAUCGAAAAAAAAUUCUUCGACAUCGACCAAGGAAAAUCCUACUCCUGCUACUAGUAGAUUAGUAUCUAUUGAUGAAAUCAAUUGUCUCAUACAGAUGAAAAUCAAUCAUGAGGAACUGACGAAAUUUUUUCAAAAUUUUCUUCUUCUUUCACUUGAUCAAUCAGUUUCAUCGAAGACUAGAUCGACAAUAAACUUAGAAAAAAAUAUUACUCAUCCAUUAAAUCCUGGAUGUAUUCUUGAUCUAUUCAUUCGCAAACAAAUGACUCAACGAGGAGUGGUUGAUUUCGGACGGGAACGUCCAAAAUUUCGUCUAGUAGAACCGAUUACUCUCAACGAUGAAUUUGAUACCUGGCAUUUCGAUCAUUUUCAUUCCUUAUUCGAUCUCUAUCUCACUCGUCCCAACAAUGAAUCAUUUCCGAUCCGUUGGGAAUUAAUUGAACAAUCGAAAAUCACCUAUCAAAUUAUUUCCUUUUAUUCAACCAACGAUCGUGAUCAAAAACCGAUUCAAAAACCGAGUACCAAAUCUUUGGAAAAAUUCAUUGAAGAUAUCUGUCAAAUUGAAGAUAAUGGCAUGGCAUCGAAUUGGAUUGAAUUAUUACGCAAAGAAGAUAUCACAACUUAUGCUCACUUGACUAAUUUAAAUCAAAAAGAAUGGGAUAAUAUAAAAAAAUUGAGUAUGAAUGCUUUGAAAACAAUCAAAACUUAUGUUGAUCGAGAAAAACAAACCGCUGAAGAUCAAACUAAAACCAAUAAACGAAAAAAUGAAUCCGAAUCGGAAUUCCUGGCGAAAAUUCAUAUGAUCAAACUAUAUUUCAGCCAUGCAUUAAAAAACGAAGAAGGAAUCGUUCGAUUAUCGAAACUAGAUGCUCGAUGUGUAACCACAGCUUUCGAAGAAAUGCGUCGAGAUUAUGAAGAUGAUGGUUUAUUCGAUGAAAUGAUCCAAUUUUUUCUACCAUUAACUGUAACUGAUCAUGAAUUAGUCUUAGAUGCCAAUGAAAUUCAUCUUAAUAUCGAAGACAAACGUCGAACUCAAAAUCAAUAUGAAAGGGAAAUUCAAACUCUAAUCCGAGAAAAUGAAAGAAUUGUUGAAGAUAUUGAAAGACGAAAGACGAUUCUUGCUCAAAUCAAACAAGAACGACAGAGACUGUUUGAAGAACUAGAAAGCAAUCUGAAAGAAAUCAAAACGACAAGACUAACUAGUUAUGCGAAAGAAAAGAAUGAAUUAGAAAAAAAAUGGUCAAGAAAUGAUACUAUUCAAAGUGAUCGAAGUAAAGAAAUCAAAAAGAAAAUUGAACAAAUGGAAAUUAAUCACAAAGCAAAUGAAACAUUAAUUAAAGACAAAAGAAACUUAUUGAAUACAAUUAUCGAUGAUUUGAAUAAUCAACAGACACAUAUUGAUAAUAAACUGGUCAAACCACAUCGAGGAUUUAUUAUGUAUGGACCACCGGGAACUGGAAAGUCACAUAUCAUGAGUCAAUUAGCGAAAAAAAUUGGUAUCGCUAUGUUAGGACCACCAUUAGCAGCCGGAGAAUUAGAACGACCAUUGGUGGGUCAAUCCGAAGCGGUGAUUUUAGAUUUAUGUUCUCGAGGGAAUCGUUUGCCUUAUCUAAUGUGCUGUGUUUCUAUCGAUGAAAUCGAUUCACUUGCACCACGUCGUGAUGAAGAUUCUUCUGAAGGCAAAGUUGCCAAAAUCAGUGUUCUAUUAUCGGUCCUUGAAGGGAUCAAAGAUGUUCCAAAUCUGAUGUUUUUCUCGGCAACCAAUCGGCUUCAUAUGAUGGAUGAAGCUUUUCUCCGAAGAAUGUCAGGGAAAUUUUUCGUCGGAAGACCUUCCUCUGAAGCACGCAAACGUAUUCUCAAUGCUAUACCAAGAAAUAUGCUCGAUCCAUCCUUACGAGAAAAACUAGCUUCAGCGACGACUAAUUUCAGCGGAGCGGCACUCAGUGCGUUAAAUCGAUCGAUUGCUGUCCAUUUCAUUGCUCAACGUCGAGUGAAUAAGAAUUAUAAAAUCGAAUAUGAGGAAGCUCUUCUUCAAGCAGAUCGUACCGCUCGGCAAUAUCAAAUCUUUCUUGGUUUAGAUACACUUCCUCGUUUACUCAAACGAAAUUAUGACGGUGCGAAACGAUCAGGUACUUCUCAAAACUCGAAUGAUAUAUUUCAUUUGAAAGAUAACUGCCAUUUUACUGGGAAAAUCAUCAUCAGUCUUUCCAAUCGAUCGGCUCGAAUUGAAUAUAUUGAUCCGAAGAGAAAUAACAAAAAAGUCUAUGAAGAUAAUUUAAAUCAUAACGAAGAAAAUGUUCAGCAAUUAUUAGAACGUAUCACCAAUUAUGGUAAUGAUCGAAAUGUUCAAUUAUUACAGUUAAUUGAUCUGAAUUUAUUAUCAUCGAAAGGUGCUUAUGAUGAAAAGAAAAUUUUCGAAACAUUAAAAGAACGUUAUGAUGAAUGUAUGGAAUAUAAACGGUCGAUGAUUAUUUAUGAUCUGGAUUCUUUAAUUGGUGUUAAUCAGUCCGAAUCACAAUCAUCAAUGGGUACAUCAACGAGUUCCUCAGUUGUUCAUCAAGCGCUGUAUAUUUAUGUCACUUCACGAUUUCGAGAUGCUGUCAUUGAAACCAAUAACAAAUCCAAUGUGGAAAAAUGGUCGAUUGCGGUAGUACGAGAUCCAUUUCUAUUAAAAAAGUUUUCCCAAGAUGUAGAAUUUCCUAAAACUGAUCGAGAAGAAGAAGAAUAUAAAGAAGAACAACGAAAAGAAAAGGAACUGAUUAAAUGCAUCAAAUGCCGGGAUUUUUUCAUUGAAAAUGAGAAUAAAAUGGGAAAUUGUACUUAUCAUGAUGGCUUUGUUUAUGAUAAUUUAUCAUUAGAAUUAACGAAAUAUACUCCAUCGAUGGCUUCGGAAAUUUUAAAUCUAGAUGAAUUCGAAAUGAUUCAUUAUCCACAGAGAAAAGAUGAAAUCGAUCGACGAAAAGGACGAUUUAAAUAUAUUUGUUGUGAUUCCACGGUCCAAUCAACAAUUGGAUCAUCGGCUGGUGGUUGUAAGAAAGGUAAACAUGCAAUGGGAGUAUCAUCGAAUAAACAAAAACGAAGUCGAAUGCUGACGAAAGAUGCUAUUGAUCAAUGGGAAAAUGUUUGCAUGGAAAAUGAUGAAUAUAAUGAACGAUGGAGUCAAUUAUUUACGAAUCGUUCAAAAGGUGGUUUCAAAUAA